AUGUAUGGCCCGCUCACCCCUGGUCUGCGCUCACAGGCUUCUGUGAGUCCGGUCCAUGUGCUGCCAAAGUUGCAAGCACAUCCGAGCCUUGCAGGAAUUGGGAAACCAGGGAUUCUGGCUGCCGCCGCGCUGACGGCAGCACGAGGUUUGGGUUUAGGCCUCCCGAGCCGCAGGAGGUCGUUGCGAGGCUUUCGGGUCAUCGCCUUAGCCGCCGCUGCCUCUGACUGGGAAUCCGACGGAUCAGGGCAGGAUGCGCCCGUCGAUUUCCCAGACUUGAACCUCUGCAUGGUCAUGGCCGGAUUUUCCUUCGAUUCGUACACGGAGAUCGACCGUGCACAAGGGGUUUGGGUGUCCGCCGGUGACAGCACCCGCACCGGCUUGGAGGGGGUGCAGGUCGUGCUCCUGUCCACUCGUUUCGUCCGCGAUGCCUUCAGCGGGAUUCUGCGUGUUCGAGUGUUAAGUGCAGAAGGCCUGCGCAACGUGGCGAUGGCCGGGGCGGUCACGGUUUUCUUUCGCACAACUUCUGGUUCAUCAGCUGGUGGUCUGCGAGGCUUUCAGCGAAACCGGGUAAGACGCGGAGUUCUCAGUGGUCUAGCUCAGUGGCUGGAUGAGGACGACUCGGUUUUUCUUUAUGUGCCGAAAGGUGCGUUUGCCGGGUCUCAGUGCGAGACUGAAGAGGACAGCAAAGAGGACCCUUGCCUGCAUGUGGAGGUGCACACCCGCAGCCUGCUGGAUAACAGCACCAUUGCCGUGAUAGGCCGGGCAUCCAUUCCUAUGUCCGACUGGUCAGCGUCGAAGAAGCUCAAAGAAUUAUGCGUGGAACUCGAGCUGCCGAAGGACCUCAGGAAGGAUGUAGAGGAAGACGGGAAGGAACGGCCUCCGUCCCGCGUGCGGCUGCAGCUCGAGUACGAUGCCUUCGAUCUGCUUGAGGAUUCCGCCAACAGCACCGGUGCCGAUGAGCAGCUCGAUGACGUCACGCCUGAGGCCCGGGCACGGCGACAAAGGUUCGGAAGCAACGUGCCGGCCGAGGUGCGUCUGCCCGACGUUCAGCGCUUGAGUGAGCAUCAGCUGCAGGCCGCUCUUCGAGGUAGAGGUUUGCCCUGGCUUGGCGAAGGACGUGAAGCUCUGGAGAAACGCCUGCAGAAGUCCAUAGCGGCCGAGAAAGCCGUGUACGACUCUGGAAGUUGGUGGAGCACCGUUGAGAAUUUCCUCGGCACAGACCGCAAGGCGCAGCUCGAGGGAGCCAUGGGUGCUGCCGCGACUGCGGCAGAGACUUUGUCAGGAGACUUCUUUGCCGCAGUGGGUGCGGGCAUCAUGUCUGGAGCUGGGGAGAUUGCGGGAUUCGACGAGUUGAUGAAGGGUGACUUUGCCGGUGCGAUGGAGAAGCGCAAAGAUGUUUGGCAGGCAGCAAGCUCUGAAGACGGCCGCGCGGCCUUGAGGCAGAAGGCGGACGUGGCUAUGAAGCGGGCGAAGCAGCAGGCCAUGAUCCGAUUGGCGCAGGGGAUGGAGCUCAUGUCGGUCCGCAAGGGAGCUUGGAGGAUGCUCGAACAGGCUGUGAUGGAUGAAGGGGCCGCUGGUAGCACGUCUUUUGCCGACUACGAGCAGUUAGCCUAUCUCGAAGCGGGCAGCACUAACACCGAGUGCUGGGUCUGGCGCCUCCUCGCCGGCAAGCGAAUCGUCGUCGCCUUCCGUGGCACCUGCGACUUUGGGGAUGUUCUCACCGACAUUGCGGCCAUACCUCGAGAGAUCGGAGACCUGGGCAAGGUGCAUGAAGGCUUCUCUCGCGCCUAUGACUCCGUGCGGGAGGCUCUACACGCAGUCUUAGCCAGGGGAUGUCUCGGAGAUGGCGAAGGAUGGGAGGUGAUUUUCACGGGGCAUUCACUUGGCGGCGCCUUGGCCACCUUGGCUUCCCUCGACGUGUCACGCACCAUCCGCGGAUUACCCGCUGACUUCGGCAGCGCAGGUGAAGUCGGGAAGAUUCUGCCUACUCCUCUCAGGGGCGCUGAGAUCAUCGCGUGCACAUUUGGAGCACCGCGAGUUGGCAGCGCUCGUGUGGCGGCUGCUUACGAUGAAUCCGUGCCAAGAGCCUGGCGCAUCUUCAGUACAUCCGACGUGGUGCCGACUGUACCGCCUACAAGUCUCUGGGGCUUCCGCCAUGCCGGAAUCGGUGUGCAGCUGGACCCACAAAAAAGCGAACUUAUUGUUCGCGGUCGCACGGCCGGGCUGCAGGAGGCCGCUCUCGAAGAGGCCGAGGCAGCGAAGUCCGAGACAGAGGAGGAGGGCGGCUCCUCCUUGAUGCUCUCCUUCCAAAGCGACAUUUGGAGCUCCUUUGAUGAGGCAGAGCUGGCCGAGCUCAGGCGAGUGAUUGGUACUGGAACCACCGCCGUUGGCGAACACAUGGAGGUUGAGAUUUGCGCGGAGCGGCGAGCUUCCAGGGGAGUGGGCAUGGCAAUCGCAGCCUCCAACACCUGCAACCCGUCCGACAAAGCAGAGACCGAAAGGGAGGCUGAGGCGGCCCAGGCUCCGGCCUGGAGCAGCCUCUCUCUCGAAGACCGGCAGAGAUUUGGCUUGGACGGCCGGGCGCUCAGCGGCUCGGCAUGGCUCAGCAUGGCUCAGCCACGCUCUCCUCGGAUGGAAGCCGCGGAGCUGAAUCCUCAUCUGCCAACGGCAUCGCACUGA